CUGACUGACAGGCUGCGAAGGGAAGCCAAUAUAUAUAAGAAAGGCUCCCGGGCGAGCAGGUUUCAGUAGCGGCGCUGCUCGCCGGCCAGGAACCUGAGGCCAAGAGCCGCAGCCAAAGCUUCUUGGGUGCUGUGUACCCCAACACUAGUCAGCUUGAGGCCCUAGGAUUUGCUCGAAGACACGUACUUAGAGCAGCCACCGCCCAGUUGCCCUCACCUGGAUUACCUACCGAGGCAGCGAGCAGCAGAGUUUUCGAGAAGGCGGCAAGGGAGCAGCUUCCCGAGAGGAAUCAGCUUUUCAAGAACUCCGGCUAGCAGAGGGACGUGCGGGAGAGCAAUAUCCCGAACAAGCAGAUUCAGAGCCCUCGAGUGGAGAGGACACCCCAAGGGAUGACGCCUGCGCCCCGGAGUGCCUUUCGCUGGGCGUUACUGCUGCUGGCAGUACUGUGGUCGCAGCAGCCCGCUGCGGGCUCCGGCAUCUUCCAGCUGCGGCUGCAGGAGUUCGCCAACGAGCGCGGUGUGCUGGCCAGUGGGCGACCCUGCGAGCCCGGCUGCCGGACUUUCUUCCUCAUCUGCCUUAAGCACUUCCAGGCAACCUUCUCCGAAGGACCCUGCACCUUCGGCAACAUCUCCACACCAGUGUUGGGCACCAACUCCUUCGUCGUUAGGGACGAGAAUAGCGGCGGUGGUCGCAACCCUCUUCAACUGCCCUUCAAUUUUACCUGGCCGGGUACCUUCUCACUCAACAUCCAAGCUUGGCACACACCGGGAAACAACCUGCGGCCAGAGACCUCAUCAGGAAAUUCACUUAUCAGCCAGAUCACCAUCCAAGGCUCCCUUGCUGUGGGUCAGAAUUGGAAAACAGACGAACAAAACAGCACCCUCACAAGACUGCGCUACUCCUACCGGGUCAUCUGCAGUGACAACUACUAUGGAGAUAGCUGCUCUCGCCUGUGCAAGAAGCGUAAUGACCACUUUGGACACUACGUGUGCCAGCCAGAUGGCAGCCUGUCCUGCCUGCCAGGCUGGACUGGGGAAUACUGUGAUCAGCCUAUAUGUCUUUCUGGCUGUCAUGAGCAGAAUGGCUACUGCAGCAAGCCAGCAGAGUGCCUCUGCCGUCCAGGUUGGCAGGGCCGCCUGUGCAACGAAUGUAUCCCCCACAACGGUUGUGGUCAUGGCACCUGCAGCAUCCCCUGGCAGUGUACCUGCGACGAGGGUUGGGGAGGCCUGUUUUGUGACCAAGAUCUCAACUACUGCACUCACCACUCCCCGUGCAAGAACGGAGCAACAUGUUCCAAUAGUGGGCAGCGGAGCUAUACCUGCACCUGUCGCCCAGGCUACACUGGUGUGGACUGUGAGUUGGAACUCAGCAAGUGUGACAGCAACCCCUGUCGAAAUGGUGGCAGCUGUAAGGAUCAGAAGGAUGGCUACCACUGCCUGUGUCCCCCAGGCUACUAUGGCCAGCACUGUGAACAUAGUACCUUGACCUGUGCAGACUCACCCUGCUUCAAUGGGGGCUCCUGUCGAGAGCGCAACCAGGGUGCCAGUUAUGCCUGCGAAUGCCCCCCCAACUUCACUGGCUCCAACUGUGAGAAGAAAGUAGACAGGUGUACCAGCAACCCAUGUGCCAAUGGUGGCCAGUGCCUGAACAGAGGUCCAAGCCGAACAUGCCGCUGCCGACCUGGAUUCACAGGUGCCCACUGUGAACUCCACAUCAGCGACUGUGCCCGAAGCCCCUGUGCCCAUGGUGGCACUUGCCACGAUCUGGAGAGUGGGCCUGUGUGCACCUGCCCUGCCGGCUUUUCUGGCAGGCGCUGUGAGGUUCGGAUAACCAACGACGCCUGUGCCUCGGGACCCUGCUUCAACGGGGCCACCUGUUACACUAGCCUCUCCCCAAACAACUUCAUCUGUAACUGUCCUUACGGCUUUGUGGGCAGCCGCUGCGAGUUUCCGGUGGGCUUGCCACCCAGCUUCCCCUGGGUCGCUGUCUCCCUGGGUGUGGGGCUGGUGGUGCUGCUGGUGGUGCUGGGCAUGGUGGCAGUGGCCGUGAGGCAGCUGCGGCUUCGGCGGCCAGACGAAGGCAGCAGGGAGGCUAUGAACAACUUGUCAGAUUUCCAGAAGGACAAUCUAAUCCCUGCUGACCAGCUCAAGAACACAAACCGGAAGAAGGAGCUGGAAGUUGACUGUGGCCUGGAUAAGUCCAACUGUGGCAAACUACAGAACCACACAUUGGACUAUAAUCUGGCCCCAGGACUCCCAGGCCGGGGGACCAUGCCUGGAAAGUACCCUCACAGUGACAAGAGUUUAGGGGAGAAAGUGCCACUUCGGUUACACAGUGAAAAGCCAGGGUGUCGAAUAUCAGCGAUAUGCUCCCCCAGGGAGUCCAUGUACCAGUCAGUGUGUUUGAUAUCAGAAGAGAGGAAUGAAUGUGUCAUUGCCACAGAGGUAUAAGGCACCCAGCUUCCGCCCAGCAGGUGGGCUUCCUUCUGCAUUGUUUACAUUGCAUCCUGGAUGGGACGUCUUUAGUAUGCACAGUGCUGCUCUGAGGAGGAAGAGGAAGAAGAGGAGGAGGGAACGGCAUGAACUGGACAGACUGUGAACCUGCCAAGAGUUGUACCGCCUCUGCAUGCCUUCAGGAGUCUGCCUGGCCUUGGAUGGGCAGCCCCACCAAGGAAAGAGUUGAGGAGCCAGAGGAACAUUGAGCUGAUGUCUAAGGUGCCGCUUGGACUUGCUCUGCCAACAGUGGCCUUCGUGGGGCUCUUGACUCUUCUCCAGAAAGUGACAGUGGUCCUAAUGGGUCUUGGAGCUGCUGUAACUUCCAUGGGCAUCUGUAUUUCCAAAGUGCCUUUGCUCAGGCUCCGUCCUGACAGCUGGGCCCAACUGAGAGAAAACAAGAGGAGGCUUGCCAGGGACAGGCCUCCUGUAGGCAGGAAAGCCUUGGAGUUUGGCUUUUAGCAGGAGCUAUCCCUGCAGGUGAGAUGAACACCAAGGAGAGAGGCGUGAAUCCUGCCUCCGACCACAGCAUGAGAGGUGCCACCAAGCCUACACCCUCUGGGGACAAGUUGAUCCUCUCCUUGGUUCUGGUGCCUCUGGCUUAGGGCCUGUCCCUUUUGCCAGCCAGGGGUACAGACCUAACUGGGGAGCUCAGGGCCCUCAUACUAAAAUUCCAAUGAGGGAGAUAGGGGGUGCUGCUGUGGCUUAGACCCUUCCCUUCCUCCUGCCCUUGAGCCUGGGGUCUACCAGUGCCCACUGCUGCCCCCAGACCACCUUUGAAGCCGAUCUUCAGAAAUCAAUAAUAUGAGGUGUUUUUUUGUUUUGUUUCGUUUCGUUUUGUUUUUUGUAGUUUAUUUUGGAGUCUAGUAUUUUGAUAAUUUAAGAAUCAGAAGCACUGGCCUUUCUACAUUUUAUAACAUUAUUUUGUAUAUAAUGUGUAUUUAUAAUAUGGAACAGAUGUGUACAGGAAUUUAUUCUUUCUUGGGUCCUGUUUUUGUAAUAGCAGAGUGGAAACCUUCUGCCUACCUUCCUACCCCAAAUUCGAGGCCCCUUAUCUCCUUGCCAUUGAAUGCCCUGCUGGAACCCCUAGGGUCUGCGCAUGCCUGGGUUUGGCAUGCUGUGUGAAAGGCUGGUGUCUUGGUCCAUUCUCUGGGGAGCCCUGCCUGGCUGACUCAUCCCCAGCCUAGACCAGUCUUCCAUGCCUGGUGACUUU